AAAUACAUUAAAUAAUGAGAAUACAUCUCAUCUCCUCAACAUGCAAACAAUAAUUUAUCGAUUGACUCUACAAUUUUCCAAAUUAUUUUCCAUGACAAUAGGUGACAAAAGUCAUCAUGAUGAUGACAAUAAUUUCUACAAUCCAUCAUCGUCAUUGUCUUCUUCUACCUCUAAAUUACAAAUUCUCAUAACCAUAGCAAUUUCUAUAUUUUCAAUUGUUACUACAUUCUUCAUGUUUGCUCAAGGAAUUUUGAAAUGGGAGGAAAUACCAUUCUGGGAGGAAAUUAAAUUUAAAAGAAUUGCUGAAACUCAUUCAAAAGUAGUUAUAUUACUAUCAGAUAGGGGCACUAUUAACACCACCACCACAUCAUCAUCACUACUAAACUCAGCCCAAUUAAUUCAACCCAUACCUUUUAAAUAUUAUUACAAUGAUACAGAGUACUUUGAAAAGUAUUCAUUGAAGAGACAAAUUGAUACAAAUUCAAAUAUAUUACAACUUGGUUCAAUUUCAAAAACAAUGAUUGGAAAAGCACAUUAUGAGUGUUCGAAAAAACAUUUAGAUACUAGAUUGGUGAAAGUAUUUGGACCAUUUAAGAGUGCAAUGGAACAUGUCUAUUUUUUGAGAAUUGAAAGUUUUGAUAGAUAUGAUUUGGAUUCACCCUAUUUUCAAUUAUUUCAUGCAAGAAUUGUAGAAAAGGAGAGUGAAUACUAUCCUACCAUUGUAAAUACUACAAAUUUUGGGGAUUAUGAUACUGGUAUGGCAGUCUCUUUUACAAAAUUUAUUCCAAUAGUGGAAACUAGACAAUUUAAUGAAAAUAUAAAACAAUAUGUCAAUGAAAUUGAUGAUAUUGAACAAACACAAUUGGAUCGGGAAAAUAUUUUCAUUGAUAUCAAACAAUUUACUUCAAAAAGAAAUAAGAGAGUUUAUAUUGGACAAUUUUUUCUUCCAAGAUUGAAAGGAGGAGAAUUUCAAGUAGAUAUUAGAAUGAUGCACCAUUGUUUCUCUGCUAAACAAUAUUCAAGUCCAAGUUUUGAUUUUUCUGAAAGUUUUGGCAUUCAAAUUGCAAGAAUUCCAUUUAGUUUGGAAAGAAAAGAAUCCAUUUCAUCAUCAUCUGAUUCAUUUGAAUCACAUAGAAAUUAUGUUAUACAGGAAUAUGCCAAGUUUAAAACAUUAUUACAAUUACAAUUAUUUGGAGACAAUUUACAGGAUCCCUACCAAAGACUUGCUAAAAAGAUUUUUGAUGAAAAAUUUGGUUUGUGGAUUAGAUCUAGUUAUGGAAAUAAUUGUGAUAAUAUUAUUUGUAAAAUGCAAAAUAAUGAUAAUAAUCAACAGUUACUAUUUAAUACAAUUGGAACAAAUCAAGUAUAUGUACCAAUUCAUGGAUCAGACAUGUCUACACAUUCAGGAGAAGCAUUAACUCAUCCCUAUUACAUUUAUAGUGCUCAGGAAGUACAUAAUUGUUUUCAUGGUAAGAGGAUUGCCUUCUUUGGAGAUUCAUCAGUGGAUGAAUUAUUUUCUCGAAUUCUCGAUUGGUUAAUAGAAUAUGAUCCUUCAGUCUCUCAAAAAUUUAAAUUCCUCAGAGAAUUUAAUGGUAGAAAAUUAAAAAAGGCUAAUCUUAGAUAUUGUGUAGUGGAACAUGACAAGUUUAUUAUAAAAAGUAGAGGACUAGCUCAUGCAUUCCCUGAUCAAAAGUGGGGUGGAAUUAAAAGUAUUUUAGAAUUGGAAGCAGCUAGGAAUGAACUAACAAAUAUUGCUCUGGAAUCAGAUGUGGCAGUAAUGACAUUUACUUUUCAUGAAAUGGCUGGUCAUUAUGGUAUUGGAGGAUUUAAGACAUUUGAUACUCAGUGGAUUUUUGAUAGUUUUGCUCCCCUCGUUUCUCAAUUCUUUAAAUUGGUCAAUGAAUGGCAUGUAAAGAAUAGAAAAUUAAGAAUCUUAUGGAGAGAGGUUGUACCAUCACAUGAUCCAAGAGUGGGUCCAGAAUUGAUUUUUGCACUAACCAAUACUAUUAUAAGAAGAGAAAUUGCCAAGUAUGAAGAUUUUAUUGAAUAUGUUCCAUUGGAACAAACGACAUUUUGGGGAAAUUCAUUUAAGGGAAUACAUACAGAUGGUUUGCAUAAUGAGAAACGUAUUGCAAUGAUGAAUGCACAGAUUUUAUUGAAUCAUAUGUGUAAGAAGAGGUAGAAUCUAUAUAUAGUAGAUUGAACAUGUUUCAAUAAUAAUAAUAAAUUCAAGACAUGGAGU